GGGACAGACUAUAUCCAUUUAACUCUCACCUUUCCUUGUUAUCGACAUAUUCUAGCAUUCCUCUAGACCACAGACCAUCACUGGUCGCUGCCCAUAAUGUAUUCGACGCGGCUCAUGAACCUUUUGAUGGUGGCACUUUCUGUGUCAUCCGUCACCGGUGUAGCAUGGCUAGAUAAUCGACAGACCGGCCUAGGCCAUCACGAGGUGAAGAGACAAGAUAACCCUCUCUCGAUUGCGACCCUGGAUACCGAUUCUGCGGCGGCUACUGCUGCAUCCACAUCGAGCGCAGACGAUACUCCGUCAUCAACUUCAACGUCAGCCCGUUCGACAACCACCACCCCAACUAGCACUAGCAGGGCUUCUUCAACUACUUCGACAGCAGAGAACACAACCCCGACAUCAGCUCAAACGACACCCAGCAGUACCAACAACAACAGCCCCACGACCUCAGCAACGUCCACCACUAACAGAGCCUCAUCCUCAUCCACGCCAAUAGAAACAACUACCAAUGGCGGCGGUGGUAGUACCACCUCGGCAGCCCCCAGCACGACCCUGGCGCCCUCUACUUCAACUUUUGUGACCGUCAUCACUACUACUGAUUCGGCAGGACAAACAGUUACUACCUCUUCGUCCAGCACAAUAGUGUCGACACCUACGGCUGCCCCCUCGUCCCAAAACAGCACCAUGCCCCCAACUACUAGACACACGAUCAUCGGUGUCUGUGUUGGCGUUGGUGGCGCGAUUGUUCUUGCGGCUGCUGGUGUGCUAUUCUGGAGACUUCGCAGCAAGAGGAGGAACCACGAGGAGAAUGAGGAAUUGGUCAGCUACGGCGACGGAUUUGGCGGCCCUGGUACUGCUGAGAAGAGCGAGCCUAGCGGUAGUACCGCCACUCGCAGCCCGUUCCAGAGCACCCUCGAGAGUUACCACGCGCCGACGCAAACGAACGCUGCUUCCAACUUCUAAGCAUGGGAAUAUAUGUCCUUGGCAUCGCCCUCAUCUCCUACUUAUUAUGCGGCAUUGAAUUAGACCGCGCGGGCGCCGGAGUUUGGAGGUAUUCGCAUGGCAUAAGCAAUCAUCAUGUUGACCCCAUUUCAUAAACCGGCAUCCUAAGGAAUAGAAAAACUUUUCCACCUUAUCUCACGAAACACGUACUCUAAGAAAAAAUGGCGGAGGCAGGGUUUUUGUGCACGAGACUAGUAACGCUUCUGAUCUGAGCGACGUGUUCGACUCGGCCGAGCAAGGUAGAACAGCUCCAUGACCUAGUCUACGCAGCUGAGACGCGAAAGAGAAGGGGGGAUAUUUGUAUACAGCUUCAUAAUACCAGCUUCUUCGAUUCUCAAUCAAAGUACAUACGAACACGUACCUACAUACUCUUGCAGGCACAAGUCGUCACGUCAAUUACCUCAAUUAAUAUACAAUAUUCCACCGUACUCUUAGUUUGUUCUUUUCCUCAUUUAUGAUGUACUCACUCAAUUGCCGCUUUU